GCAGCCAGAAUUGAAGCAGCCUCCCCCAUCGUACCUCUGGAUCCACUGCUUAAAUACAGGUGAGGACAAGGCUCUGUCUCCUCAGCCUUGGUCACCAGCCCCAGCCUGGGACAGUGAAUCGACAAUGGCAUCCUCCAUCACGCGGGGCCUCCUCCUGUUGGCAGGCCUGUGCUGCCUGGUCCCCAUCUCCCUGGCUGAGGGUCUCCAGGGACACGCUGUCCAGGAGACAGAUGCACCCAAUCAGGAUCGUGAGCACCACAUGGAAGCAGCCUGCCACAAGAUUGCCCCCAACCUGGCCGACUUCGCCUUCAGCGUGUACCGCCAGGUGGCCAGCGGAUCCACCACCACCAACAUCUUCUUCUCCCCAGUGAGCAUCGCUAUAGCCUUUGCAAUGCUCUCCCUGGGGGCCAAGGGUGACACUCACACCGAGAUCCUGAACGGCCUAGAUUUCAACCUCACUGAGAUAACAGAGGCUGAGAUCCACGAAGGCUUCCAGCAUCUCCUCCACACCCUCAACCAGCCAGACAACCAGCUGCAACUGACCACUGGCAAUGGUCUGUUCAUCAACGAGACCACAAAGCUAGUGAGCAAGUUUUUGGAAGAUAUCAAGAAAUUGUACCACUCCGAAGCCUUCUCCAUCAACUUCAGGGACACUGAAGCGGCCAAGAAACAGAUCAACGAUUAUGUAGAGAAGGGAACCCAAGGGAAAAUUGUGGAUUUGGUACAGGAUCUCGACAAAGACACUGUUUUUGCUCUGGUGAAUUACAUAUUCUUUAAAGGCAAAUGGGAGAAGCCCUUCGAUGAGAAGCACACCACAGAGGAGGACUUCCACGUGGAUGCGGAGACCACAGUGAAGGUGCCCAUGAUGAGCCGCCUGGGCAUGUUCGACCUCCACUACUGCGACACGCUCGCCAGCUGGGUGCUGCUGAUGGACUACGUGGGCAAUGCCACCGCCUUCUUCAUCCUGCCCGACGAGGGGAAACUCCAGCACCUGGAGGACACGCUCACCAAGGAAAUCCUCUCCAAGUUCCUGAAAAGAGAUACCCAAGGUGACUUCCCAAACCGGAGGGUGCCCGGGGAGCUGCCACAUCGGGCCCUGCUCCCUGGCCUGGGUGAGGGCCAGGCAGUCUGUUUCUACUCAGAUCGGACUCCUGGGCUCUUUCCUUUGCAGGCAGUGCACAAGGCCGUGCUGACCAUCGAUGAGAAAGGAACAGAAGCUGCAGGAGCCACUAUUCUGGAGGCCAUCCCCAUGUCGCUGCCCCCAGAUGUCAGCUACAACAGGCCCUUCAUCGCCAUCAUCCAUGAUAACACCACCAAGGCUCCUCUCUUCGUGGGGAAGGUGGUGAAUCCCACCCAGAAAUAGCUGCCUCUCUGGGUUCAGCCUCCCCUCCCAAGCCAGUACCCUCCCCCCACGGCAUUAAAGAAUGACUGACCCAGCCCCA